CUGCAUUGCUUUGAUUGUAUUGCUUGAGCAUGACGUUUGGUUACUUGGAAGGUCACAUACUUUGGCAGGCGGAUACUUCUUACUACAAACUUCUUCACAUGCGGAAGUCAUCAUAGCAGAACUAUUUACUCAACUCAAGUCAAUAACUGCUUGAAAACACUUCGACACCAGAACACUGUUUUCCGGAGGAAACUACUCCGAGCUUACGAAAGGUCCAUAUUUGAAGUUAGUUCUGUUUGUGAGUGCCACAGCCGGAAUCUAUAUUGCAUUUUGAACUUUUUACCAAGAACAGAAGGUUCUCUGAAAUCUCUUGAGCCGUUUCGCAAGGCAAAACGCUAAAUAAAUUGGCAGUUAAAGUCAUAUAUAUACAGAGAUACGGUGGUGAUGUUUAUGAACUGCUUUGUCAUUGGAUAUCACUGUUUCUUGUAUUCCUGAUUUACAGGAUUGUCAGGGAGACUGUUUCUCACAUUAUGAUUACAAGUUGAACAUUAACUAACCUUAUUAAUCAUAUGUUUCCAGUUUCAGUCACGCCGUUUGUGGGCUCACUGUCUCGGAUAAUGUCUCUCCUUGUGCAGAAGGGACGCUUGCUAGAGCAGGAAACACUACAUUAGCAGUUUUAGAAUUAUUUUCGACUGUUUUUGACUAGGAUGGCACAUCAAACGAGAAAGGACGUGAAUAUUGUGGAGGACUUGGACACGAACAGGAUUUACGAAACAGUAAGUCAAGGCAUCUCAGCAAGCCCUCAUGUUGUACCUCAUAUUGGCGCUAACGUGACCGCGCCAUCGCACAUCCACUGCCGCAACGACACCUCGGCUUCGGCCAUCAUCAGCAUGAUGAAUGAGGAGCAGAAUAGCGUGCUAUUGCCAACAAUAAUAUUCUUGGGGAUCGUUGGAAGUUUGGGAGCAUUUGGGAACUUAUUGGUGUUAUACAUAUUCCGGUUCAGACGAAAGAGCAGGUCGUCUGCUUCUUUUUUCGUCUGUAUCCUAGCAUGCGUUGAGGUGAUCAUCUGCUGUGUUGACGUGCCCAUGCAGAUCAUCCGAAUGAUUGAGUACUUUGAGGAAAUGCCUUACUCGACGGUCAUGUGCAAGGUUUCCAGAUGGAUACUGUUCAGCUCCGUAUCUGUGACUUGCAUGUUUGUCACUAUUAUGGCUUAUGACCGCUACGUAGCUAUUUGUAAACCAUUACAAUGGCGGACCAAGACCUCUAACAAAAUUAAAAUCGUCAUGGCGACGGCUUUCGUAGUAGGGACAGCUGGACAAGGUUUGCAAUUUACUUUCGGCCAACAUGCGGCCGUACCUUUGAAAGCGGCGGUGAUGCAAUGGAGCUAUAUUGAGUUGGAAGGAAUAAACAAAUCUGCCAUAACUUUUACCAGCAACGUUUGUGUUUGCGAGCUUUUCUUCGAGUUCCACAACCACCUGUAUCUCGCAUAUAUAUUGGGGAAUUUGGUAAUUUUUCUGUCCUGCGUUAUGUUGUCAACAGUUUUCUAUACUAAAAUUUUUCGGGAAAUGAGCAGAAGAAAGAAAUUUUGGCGACUAGCUGAAGCUGCCUCCAAUAUUUCAGGCAGCACGUCGUCUCUGUUCGCGGAAAACAACAGACGUCGCACAUCUUCUCCAAACAUUUCUAUUGGCCGACACCGGACGCACUCGGUUGAUUUCAUCGAUCGUAGCUACAAAACGGCAGAAACGGAAGUCACGGGCACAUCGUAUGCGAAAGUUGACGAGUUAGAAACACCAAAACGAAAGAAUGCUGUUUACAUGGACCCCAAAAAGCUCGAAGAACUUACGCAGAUUAACGAAAACGAAGAACUUUUUGCAGACGGUGAAAAAGCGCGCAGCUUUUCCGUUUCAAAGCCUCCAGGAACAUCUAAGUGGGAUGAAAUAAAAAAAAAUAUAGAUAGGCAGCGUCGGGCUUCCGUGUCAGUGUACGCAGAAUCACUGGAGGUGGCCCGAAGGUCUUCGGAGAUCGUUCCUCCUGUCGUCCGUCACAAGCAGAGGACAGAGAGCGUUGGUUCUAUCAGUAUCGUGUCAACAGAUAGCAGCAGACGCAACUCUAGAGAGUCAUCCAUGGCAUCUGCGAGGAGAACAUCUGUAUCUACGAUAAUACACAAACAAAACUUCAUCAUGGCAGAAGUGUUUCUCUGCGUAACUGUCAUACUCUUUUUGUCUUGGACGCCAUAUUGGAUUCUCAAAAUUUGUUCGAUUUUGAUCCAAGAAUUCAUUCAGAGUCGUUCAAAGUAUGCUGCGACCGUACUGUUCUUCUUUCAAAAUCUCUACUACAUUAAUUAUGUUGUCAAUCCGAUUGUUUACUUUGUUCUAAAUACGCAGUUCCGCGAGGAUGUCAAGGUUAUAUUCCUUUGUAGAAAGGAAAGCAAAGUGAUAGCGUCUGGUGCAGAAUCCAAGAUGGCUAACAUUCUUUAAACUAAAGUCAAGCUCUUGCCGUCAGUGUGUUGUCCGAAAAACAUUUAAUGGUACCCUUAUUUCUAAGAGUAUAUGUCAA